UCUGUCAGUUGAGGUGCGUUUUCCUACGGGACUGGUCGGACCGAGUGUGGUUCGCCGUUUUUCGCCGAAAAAAAUCUCAUCUGCUCAACUGGCUUUGAGUCGAUUUCGUUUCUUUUUUGUAUUGUUGAUCAGUUGCUGUUCUAUUACAACAGAUAGGGUUCGACCCCAGUGUCACUUUAAGUGUCUAAUCAAUUUGGAGGAGAAUCAUCUUUGAGUGGGAAGCAACUUGUAUUCCUCUCCAGAGGAAGAUACUGGAUCUGAUUUUGUGCAUUAAUCAAGUCUAUGUAAGUUAUUUUUCUUUGUGCGGUAUGGGUAGGCUCAUUUUGCGUGCUAUGUUCAAAGUGGAUGUUCUGUGAGAUUGGGAGAAAACCCCCGGUUGUCAACAUGUCCAAAUUGAUAUAAUUUUCGCCGCCUGCCAUAUACACGGAUGGAAACUCUCCGCUAAAAGAAGUGCCAAAAUUGAGAAAAAUCAUCUCGAGAGCCAUCGACCAUCAGGCUUUCAAUCUCAAUAGGAUUAUGUGCAGACAGCGGGCAAUGUAAUUUUCACUCGUUUCAUUUUUUCCUAGUCUAAUCGAAUGGAUUUUGUGUUUGACACACCGGUGGAUGCUAGGAAAAUAUCGCAGGCGAAAAAGUUAUACCGAGAAAGGUUCAGAAAAGACUGGCACAAUGAACCUACGCUGCAAGAAUACCUGAAUCACGUGAAGUGAAAAAAUUCGGAUGUGAGAAGUGUCAAAAAGAAUAAAGUGGAUUAGUUUGAGUGGAAUUCUGAGGAAGCGAUUUUUUUUCCAAUAACCUGGUGCCAGUGGAAAACAUUGUGUGAUGAGUAUAAAAAAAACACACGAGCCACGACUGGAAAACAUCAUUUUAGCAAGGAAUCUAUCGAGACGUUCCGUUAAGUACAACUCACUCAGCCGGCAAAUUUGUUUUGGAUUCCCCGCAGCUUUUUCGACAUCAGAACCAAAGAAAGUAUUCUACAACGAGUUUCAUGUUUCGUAAAACCAUUCGCUUCAACCCGCAACCGACGAAGCUCAGUGCAUUUAACCCGCGACUCGUGUGAUGGUAAAAUUCUAAUCUAGACAGCCUGUGCAACCCGAUCCGAACACUGGUGAAACGUGGCUCAUGUGGUUGAUAUUGUGUGUGUGUUCUUGUGUAGGUGGCAUAGGUAUAGGCCCGUACCGCAGAAAAAAGUGUUACGAAUCGCGUGUAUGUAAUAGCGGUACCCGCGUUCUGUUCGAUGGUGUGAAGUUUCCUGUUUCCGUCAAGUUCGACUGAAUUUCGCUAACCCAGCGUUGUGGCUUAGAGCACUUCAACCGGGCGCAGAACCACGUUCACUGACCGGCAAACGGACACGUAAAGUACGUCGCCGGUGGCAUAAGCAGCGAAAAACAAGUGGUUGUCGUGGUUUAUGCACAGACAGGCACAAUCCUGGCUGCAAUCUGUUUCACAUUUAGCAACACCGAGACUGGAAUAAAUCACAAAAUUAUUGCUAGUGGGACGCCAACACAACUAUGCGCAGCGGCAGGUCGGGCGUGCUGGAGGAUUCAACAAGUCGGUUGAAUUUUUCGGUGGAUUAAAUGGAACGAUGUGCAGUCUAGCAUAUUCUCAUCACAUCGUGACCAGCAAAAAGCGGUGAUGGGUCACUUUCGCCAUCAGCACCAUCACCGAGAUCAUCGCUAUCACUGCUAUCGAUCCAGGCCCAAAAGCAACUGGUCCGCGGCUCAGCUAUGGCUAGCAACUGCCAGUCUCCUGCAGCUGGUGUUUCAUCUCUCCGUCGGACAUGCCCUCGAGCAGCAGCAAAUUGUGGCGAGGAAAUCUUCAGAGCUGGAUACAUCGACCGCUGUCUCGGUCACACUUCCGCCCUGUGAGUCGAGAGCCUUAGAGGAAAUUCCACCCGACCCGUAUUACGACGUUUCGGAAAUCACCAUCAAUGCGGCGAAAUCGUUUGCCGAUUUUCUCGCCGCCAGGAAAAUAGAUACCAGCAAGGACGAUCGGAAGCUAAAUGUUGCCCGUGAAAAGGCCAACGAGCUGGCCACUUUGGUGCUGCAGGACGACGACGGCUUGCUGGCAGUCGGUAUCGCUUCUCCUCGGUUGCCUCUAGCGGUAGUGCAAUUUCGGGACAAAAUCGACGCCGAUCAUGCCAACUUGGCGGACAGCAAAAACUUCCUCUCCACCUACUGGCGGGAGCUGGGAGUUGCCUGGAAUCAAAGCAACGGUGCUCAGUUCUGGGGUGCACCGUUCCGCGACUGUGGCCCCCUCUACGGGCGGUGGCUGUGGCCGUUCAGCGUGACGGUGGAAUCUCAAGGAUACAAGAUUGUCGCUUCGGCAUUCAUAGCGGCUGACGUGGACCAAUGCAACGACGCACUAGAGGCGAUUUUCGGUCGGCGGCAUUCCUGCGAUCGGGAGUCCACCUUCUGCCUGAUGUCGGACACCGCAGACGGGCCGAGCUCCGGCGGCCGAGGGAAGUAUACCUGCGUGUGCCGGGAUGGGUACUACAUUCCAAACGAGUCCUUCCAGGGGUUUACCUCGGACAAAAACGACGCGAAUGUGACGAAUUUUAGCUGCAUUCCAUGCCCGAGUGCGUGCGAAUGCAAUUCUGCCGGAAGCUGCAACCGGCCAGACGAAGACUUCAGCACGGAAACGCUGAUGAAAGCCACCAUUGGUGCUAUUUUGGGAGCAUGUAUGCUUUGUUGUUUAGUGUUAGCGUUAAUUGUCUUCCGUCAACGAAAAUGCAAGACCAUUGCGACGGGGAUGUGGACCAUUUUAGAGACAAUUUUAUUCGGAAUUUUACUUUUGUAUUUUGCGGUUGCACUACAUUUUCUGCAAGCGUCGACCUUGCGCUGCCUGCUGGAGCCGUGGUGCCGUGAGCUGGGCUUCAUCAUCUGUUACGGUGCAAUCGUACUAAAACUUUACCGGCACCUGGUGGAAUUUCGCACCAGAAAAGCUCAUCGAUGGGUUGUGAGAGAUUUAGAUCUGCUGCGCUAUUUGUGCGCGAUGAUCGUUGCUGUUCUUUGCUAUCUAGCUGCCUUUACCGCCACCAGCAUGGACUUCCUGCGGUACAGCGAGUUGGUGUGGAAGGUGGAAAACACGGACGAACAAGUGACGUCUAACAUGUGCCGACCGCUCAAGUGGGACUACGUUACCGAGGCGGGCGAACUGCUGAUACUUUGCUUCGGUCUGCAGCUGGCCAUCGCAAGCCGUAAUGCGAACACGCAAUUUAGAGAACGGCAAUUUCUGGUGGCCUCAAUCCUGAUCGAAUUUCUAGUAUCGUCUACAUUCUACAUCCUUCGAUUCUGGUAUCUGGAGGAGUUCAACCCGUCUACACUAUUCCUAGCACUAUUCGUUCGUUCUCAGCUGACGAACACAGUCACUCUAGGACUUUUAUUCCUGCCCAAGCUGUGGUAUCAGCAUAAACAGGUUCGUUCCCUUGCCCAUGAUGUAUCAUUCCGCUUACCUGUGGAUGCUUUCAAGGGCGCACAUGACAGUUCCCACCAUGGCGGUGGACUCGGGACCUACGCCGGCAUCUGCGUUGGCGAUCCGGAAGUGGGCGACGUCACCAUAUCCGAGAUGAGCCCGGAGGACAUUCGUGCCGAACUGAAAAGACUGUACACACAACUAGAAUAUUUAAAGAAUAAGACACUUCGACAAGACAAUCCCCACAUUAGCAAGCGAAGAGGAGGGCGCAAGGUGGCACAUCGCAGAUUCUCACUACAGAAAAAAGGAAGCAGAGACAAGGCACUAAGCGCCAAACAUCGCAACAAUCGUCCAGCGGUCAGCGAAGUGGAAGUGACCGAAGCGGAACCGUCCCGCACACCGGAGGACUCGGUGUGCAGCGUUGAGGGGCCCACCGAUACCGGUGCGGAAAUUUCAGGCAUCUCCUACUCGAAAUAGCCGUCACCCGCCGCCGGUAGCAGCAUCAAGCAGUUUACCAACAACAGCAACAGUCACCAUCGGAGCUACAUUUUUCGCCGCCACCAGCGGCAGUCGGAAAAGUCACGCUAUCGAGAGUACAACUUUUAACUACAUAUGCCCUAACAAUAGAUGUACAUACCUGCUUACAUACACACAUACAUACAAACAAUCUAUAUAUAGGGGGGAAAACAUGCAUCAUUUUGAUCGAGGCUUUCGCCAUUUAGGAACUUUCAGUUCGAAGUAAAAGAUACGUCAUUGGGAUGCUUGCCCAGCAUCGCACCGAGUCAUCGGAAAUGUUCGAAUGAAUGGUUUCGGGGUGCCAGCUUUGCCGGCAGCCCAUUGACUGGAUGCUAGGUUGCAAGUAUAGUUUCGCAAGUACACAAUAGAAAAUUUACGACUGGCAGUUCGAUGUCCAUUCGUUGGCCCGUACCAGUAGUGGCACACGAUGUUGCAGAAAAAUGUAUAGCAUCCAUUCCGUCAGCAACCGACGAAUAAUAAUUAUCGAACACACUCGGGUGGAAUGAAAUCCGCAUUAGUUUCAGGUUGAUAAUUGAAAAUUUCAGAUAGGUUGGAGUUUUAGAAUCCAUGGGAUUUAUGUUACUGUUUCUAGUCUGCCAAAUGGACAGCUACUUAUGUAUUGUAACUUUGAUAAAAAAAAUAUUGAAUUUUUAUCAACGUGUUUCCAAUACUGUAACUUUCUUAACAAUAUACUGGUAAUAUCAUAUAGAAACACCACCUUGCUUCAAACUAUCCAACGUUACGAAGGUCUUAGAUAUCUAAACCAGCACGUAUCAGCUUAACAGUGUUGUUGGCCUGAAAUCUAUAAACAGAUAAUGAGUCUGCAAUUGAUGGACUGGUGUGAACAUUUAGUCCAUAGAAAAGCGUCCCCCUUGAAAACCGCAUUGGUGUUCUUCAACAAAGAUUACCUGCUACGGCCUCAGUCUAUGGAACAGGAUGCGGGAGAGCAUUUUGCUUACGGUAUUGGAAGAGUUAUGCCCCGAUUGCUACAAAGGCGGUGGUCGACCAGUCCGAUGGCAUUUGUUCAGCACACCACACUUCCAGCAUGAUCCGAUGGAUGACUGAAAUGUUGCCUGGCCAACUCAUAUUCAUCAAUAAUCAGGUUCCCCUUCCGGAUUCUUUAACGAUUCUCGUUGCUCGAUACGCAACACAGCCGUAGGCAACAUGUAAAUGUCGCAGCUCUUCUCAUCCGUCGCGCUCUGGCAUUCAGUGUCGAACUCCAAACGGUGGCUGACGCACCUGUACCCUAACGUUGCUCACGGUGUGGUGCUGAUCAUGCCGUGGAUAUGUCUCCACUAUUCAUUUAAGUCUCUUCCAACUCUGCCAAUCUUCGCGGUGUGUACAAUACACGGCUCCCCAAGCAGCUCCUGCAGUGUGUGGUUUCACGCUCCGUUCUCCAUCUCUGUUUGCCCGAAGACCGUAAGAGUGAGUUGGUCCUCCACAAGCAUAGUCCAUGUCUCCUGGCCCCAGAGGACUACCGGUCUGAUCAGUAUCCUAUAGAUGGUCAACUUGGUGCGGCGGCGAAUUCUACUAAAUCGGAGCAUCUCCGGAUACCAAAGUAUGCGCGAUUUCCUGCCAUAAUGCGACGAUGAAUUUCUCUUCUGGUAUCGUUGUCAGCAGUUACCAGUAAGCCCAGGUACACGAACUCAUCGGUAACUUCGAUUUCACAACUACCAACUUGAAAUUGAAGUGGGAGGUUAGCCCUGUCUUCUCGUGAACCUUUUCCUUUCAUGCACUUCGUCUUCGAUGCAUUGAUUACCAGUCCAAUCCGUUUGGCUUCGGUCUUUAGUCCGAUGUACGUAUAUUUGGAAUAUCGUACCACUCGUGUUAAUCCCCUCUUUUCUUAUGACACCUCCCAGAGCAAAAUUAAACAGUACGCACGAGAGACCAUCACCUUGCCUUAAACCUCUUCGAGUUUCGAAGGGGCUCGAGAGUGUCCUCGAUACUCAAACUACACACAUCACUCGAUCCAUCCUCGCUUCGACCAACCGCGUUAGUUUGUCCGGAAAUCCGUAGUCUUGCAUAAUUUGCCAUAGCUAGUUUCGAUCGAUUGUGCCGUAUGCCGAUUUGAAAUCGAUGUUGUGUGUGCACGUUUUAUUCGCGACAUUUCUAUAUAAUCUGCCGACCCGCGAAUAUGUGAUCCGUGGUAGCGAGGGCACCCAUCAAUCCCAUUUGGUAGUGUGCCACGACCUACUUUGCAAAUGGUGAUAGUCGACGGCAGAGUAUUUGGAAGAGCAACGAAUGCGCUAAAAAUGAACUUUUUUCGGAUGGUGGUAAAAAAAAUAACUAAGACAGAUAAUUGAGUUUGAUAAAUUUCCCAUGGAAGGUAGUUAUGUUUACUUACUCGCAAAAAAAAAUCUACGCCCUUGCAUGCGGCCUUCCGACAGUUAACCGGAACAUUCACCAUGGCGGACGAAAACAUGCGUGUAGGCAUGUUUUUUUUAAUUCCAACUUCGUUUUAUUUAUCAAUUCCUUCUCAGUUUUCGCGACAAACUUGUUGGAGUAGAUCUAACGCUCUAGGCUUUCCCAUGAAUCCUCGAUGGGACGCAACUUGGGGUCGUUGGGCGGGUUUGCCAACUUGGGUAUCACCCUUCAUCUUGUCCAAUCAGCCGCUUCAUCUUGUCCAACGAUCGCUUCGAGUAGUGGGCCGUCGCCAGAUCCUGCCAAAACAUUCAUGGCCAGUCUGGAACGAAAGAAGAGCAGCUUUGACAUCCUCUUCUUCCUGAUAGUUAGCCACAGCAGCAUCUUCUUGGGGAAUUUGGUGUGUGAAAUAGACUUCACCCCGGUGCUUCCUUCGUGGGGGAAGUAAAAUACGAAGUGCUCUGCCGUUGCCAUCCGUUGGGUUAGAUAGGUCUCGUCGUCCAUCACCUCAACCACAUCGCGAUUCGCUGGGGAAAUCGGCUUGACCAUUUUAUUCAGCCGAUGCCGCUGCCGCUGCGUCAUUGCCUGCAGCUCCAAGACCAGCGGACAGGACUACCUGACAUGUAUCUCCAUGUUCGCCAGGUACUUUUUUAUUGUUUGUCCGGUUGCACCGACCAAGCGAACGCAGCGAUGUAGCCCCUUUUCCCCUGGUCUGCCUUUUCAGCUUCCUUUAGAACUUCUUGCCGCUCAAGGUUGUCAGCCAAUAGUGCCAAGCUGUUGUAGACGUAGAUGUUGUAGCCAGUGCUGAUAAAAGUCAUUUUCCCCAGCAAAAUUCUUCGAAAAUUACAGCCAAUCAUUUUCAAUUUUCACUUCCAAUGAUCGCAGCACUCUUUCAGAUACACUAGAUUUUCGUCCUAGUAACGUGCUGUUAUACUCAGAUGAAAUAGAUCGCGCGCAUCGUUCAAGGUUACGGAAUAAAAUUUGACGACAAAUUAAACCAAAUGAUCUUCACUUCAAAGCGAAAAAGAAAAACAAACAGUCCACUCAACCAAAAUAAACCUCACCGAAACACUUUUUCACUGACACUGACCGAUGCCUUGACAAUCUUCGUUAACUGAUAAACUAAUUUUGUUGUCUUGCUUCCAUCGCAUGAAAUAUAAUGAGGUGUUUUGACAGUUCACUUCCAUGCAAAAAGCGGGAAGGGAGAACUCUGAAAGGAUUGUAAAAAAAUAACGUUUAUGGAUGCUUUUUUUCACUUUCACUCAAGAGUGUCAACAAAUAUCAACCCUGGUUGUAGCACGUACGAUGUCCGUUUUCGACGCGGCGGGGUACCGUUCUCUGAACGCGCACACUUCUGAACGGAGUAGCUUCUUUGUUUUCGCCAUCACGAUCAACGCUCGACUAAUAGAGCUGUCAAAUUUUUUUCUGCUGACUCAUAGGUUACUAUUAUUUAUGCUGCAUGGGUAGUUUCGUUAGUGCAUGUUUAGGUAAACCCAUUUUAAAUACAAACGUUAUUCUUUGCUGCCGUUCCUAGCAUAGUUGUCCCAUGUUCGACACAAAUUUCAUGCUCGGUGGCUCAAUUAUGAAACGACACUGUGGGCUUUCCCCAAAAGUCAGUACUGCUUGAUGGAAGCGGCCAAUUCGACGAGCGAUUUUUUUUAGUAACUCCAACUUUCUUUGUUGAAAUGCUUAAAUUUAUUUUUUUUUCGCUCUGUCAACACUGUUUCCUUCGGCAUUUUAAAGAAAUCUAAAAAAAAAACGAAAAAGUCAACUAACUCAUAAAAAUUGGACACUUCAAAAAGACAAAAAGAUAUGUUGAACUUUUACACACACAUGUUAUAAUUAUGUUGCAAACAGUUCUGUUCUCUGAAGCGCAGGACAAGUAAAAUCGCCUUUGGUCUUAAAGAAGCUAGGCGGAGCUUUUCGAUUGGACGAAACUCCGGGUAAUUAGGAGGACUGAGGUCAUUUUUAAUGUAAUCGUCCCCUUUGUCACAGUACCACGGAAGCACCUCUCGGCUGUAGUGGCAACUUGCCAAAUCUGGCCAAAACUUCCCCCGAUCUUUGUGAGCCACAAUAAAUGGAAAGCGACAUUUCUGCAGGAACUCCACCCUACAGGCUAGCUGGUCACGGUCGAACAACUUUUUAAACAACAACGUUGUUUUCCUAGAAGUAUUUUGACAUUUUUUCUAGAAAUGACCAUCACGCCUUCUAUUUUGUAUGGAGAAGGCGUCAUUACGCCGUGUGUGUAUCUGAGCCUUUAUAUCAUUGAUCUUGCAAUAAUAUUCCUCAACAUAAGUGCGACUGAGUAGACAGAAAAAAAAAAACAAAAUAAAAUCGCUACAUGAACGACAACGUGCAUUUCUCCGAUGUGCAAAUGUCAAUUGACCAUCUGUUCUUUGUGCGAGAGCCGACGGUUGUUCUGCAUGUACGAGCGAAAGCCUACUGCGACGAACACUUACGAAGCGAAAUCAAAUGAAAGUGUUGAAAAGUGCUGAAUUCUUUCCGCUCCACUCCGGCCUUCUCAAAAAAAACGCUUAUUAUCUUGAUGCAAUGCAAGUUGAUCUCUUUGAACUUAUCGAUAAUCUGACGUAGGGAGAACAGUUGCAAUCGCACCGCUAUUCGCCAACAAACAGCUGCCCACUCUCGGUUUCCAACAGCUAGGUCUCGAGAGAUUAUUGCAAUCUGGUAUGAGAGUAGUAUCAGCUUAAACGUUAGAACAUUUGAAUGACUAUACGAAAAAUUCCGGAAGACAUUUACAACAGAAAUGUGUGUAAUGAAAACUUUAAGGUUAUCAUUAAUGAUAUCUCUCCAAUAAGAAUGGAUAAAAACUACAGCAAAGAAUUUUUAUUCAGCAUUAAUAAUGUACUGCUCAACAAUGAGAGCAAUGAUUACGGGUCAGUGAACAGAACAGAAUAAUUAAACUUAUUCCGCUUGACGUAGAACUGGAGAACAGAAAAACUUUUUUCCCUAGAAAAACUACCAUUUUUACUUCUACUUCGACGUAUAUUUCCAUAAAAAAGCUCCUGUCAGUAUCAUAUCAAAGCUUCUGCGUUUUUAUCGUGCUCAGGGAAAUUUCAGAUCCAGUAAGUUACAAUAAGUUUCUCGCCUUGCUCCAAAACUUAAUGUUGAACCAUGUUCUCUGAGUAUAACGAAAAAACACCGUCACCGUGACGUUUUAAUUUAAUGUGGUGAAAAAAUUGAUGAACCAUGUUAUUCCUAUUUCUUGUUCAUCUUAAAUCAACCCCCUAUUUCCUAGACAAAAAUAGGGCAACUCAAAUUACACAUCGAGCCGAUUCAAUUUAGUCACCAUAAGCUAAAAC